AUUUUUAGUAUUAACGCGGAAUAAAAUUUUGCGCAUUACUUAUAUGCACAAAUAAAUUUUGAAUCAGUUUAAAAUGAGUAAAAAUAACGAUUUUAACUCUAAAGUUCUGCAAUAUGAAGAUUUCCUGAAUUCCAAGUUAAAAUCUGAUCUCCUUGAGGUCCAUAAACAACGUGAUUUAGUUUAUAAAGAAAUGGCUGAGUAUCUUCAGUUGAAAAAAACUAUUGAAAUAAUACAACAACAGCAAAAGGAAAACAUCAACUCUCAUAAGCAAUUUGAAUUACGUACUAAAAUAGAUUUAGGGUGUAAUUUUUACUGUCAGGCACUUAUUCCAGAUACAUCUUUUGUGUAUGUUUCAGUUGGUUAUGGAUACUUUGUUCAAAUGACUUUAGAAGAAGCAAUUAUUUUUAUAAAUAAGAAGAUGAAAAUUCUUACAGAAAAAAGUGAUCGUUUUGUAAAAGAUUCAGCAAAAAUAAAAGCUCAUAUUAGAUUAGUGAUGGAGGGCUUAAGAGAAAUUCAAAAUUUAAAUGUAGAGAAAUAAAGUUUGCUUUAUAUAAAUUUAAUGGAGAUUAAGUAUGAUACACAGAACACUAAAAUGAAUCAUGAUUAUUACAUUAUGUUUAUAUAUGCUCUUAGUAUGCUGAGAAUUUUAGUUAUAAUAUUUAACAGUUGUUUUAAUAAAAUUAAAAUGUGCUUUUUUUAUAUCAAUUUUUUCCUAUUUGUGGAACCUUAAUUAUCAAAAUUAAUAUUGAUAAAUUAUUGAAUAUUAAAAUUGCAAAAAUUUAUGCGUUUAAAACAACUUUGAUGAUUUUAAUGAGUCAAUUGGCAUGAAAGUGUCAAAUCAGACUUAUUCAUCUUUCAAAAAUAAUUAUUAAUUAAAAUUAAAGUGUCAAAUCAUACUUAUUCAUCUUGUAAAAAUAAUGUAUAUUGGUUUGAAACUGAAUAAAUUAUGCUUCAAUGU